CAAAUGCCCUUGUGCCAUACGCUAGUGUUAAGCUCAUUUCAUGCACUUUGUAACACUUGUUUAAUUAAUUUCUCUCUCUCUCCAAUGAAGUCUAAUGAGCUUUUCUAUACAAAAAUAAUGAGGAGAACUCAAGAGAACACCACUGGAAUAGUUCUUGUUCUAAUAUUCUCCUCAGUUGUUCUCACCAUUGUGCCUGUAUACUUUUUCCCCUUAUGGAAAAGAAGCAGCAGCAGUAGUAGUACUACUGCAACUUCAUCACCUCUUCCCCUGCCAUCUCCUCCGCCUUCCGUGAGGAGCGCGACGAUGCGCAGCGGUGCGAAAUGCGACAUCUUCAGCGGGGAGUGGGUUCCGAACCCGAAGGCGCCGUACUACACGAACGGGACGUGCUGGGCGAUCCACGACCACCAGAACUGCAUGAAGUUCGGGCGGCCCGACGACGGGUUCAUGAAGUGGCGGUGGAGGCCCGACGGGUGCGAGCUGCCGGUCUUCAACCCCGCGCAGUUCCUCGAGCUCGUCGGCGGCAAGUCCCUGGCGUUUCUGGGGGACUCGGUGGGGAGGAACCAAAUGCAAUCCUUGAUGUGCCUCCUCUCUAAGGUAACAUAUGUAGUGGAUAUCUCCACUACAUCGGACGACAAGUCGCGGCGGUGGUCAUACCCGACCCACAACUUCACCCUAGCCAACUUCUGGUCCCCUUACCUGGUUCGGUCCGUAGAAGCGGACCCGAAGGGCCCGACCCUGACCGGCCUCUUCAGCCUCUACCUGGACGAGCCCGAUUCUAACUGGACGGCCCAGAUCAAAGAUUUCGACUACGUGAUCGUGUCCGCGGGCCACUGGUUCUUUCGCCCGACCUUGUAUCACGAGAACCAUCGGGUUAUUGGGUGCCACUAUUGUCUCAACCCGAAUGUGACCGACUUAACCAUGUACCACGGCUACAGAAUGGCCUUCAGGACAACGUUUCAAACCUUGCUCAGUUUGGCGGGCUACAAAGGCACGACAUUUCUGCGGACGUACGCGCCGUCGCACUACGAGAACGGCGAGUGGGACAAGGGCGGGGACUGCCUGCGCACGCGGCCGGUCGGGAGCAACGAGACGCGGCUCGAGGGGAUCAAUUUGGAGAUGUACAUGACGCAAUUGGAGGAGUUCAGGAGUGCGGAGAGGGAGGCCCGGGCGAGAGGGCUCAAGUUCCGGUUGAUAGAUGUCACUGAGGUGAUGUUGCGGAGGCCCGACGGGCACCCGAGCCGGUACGGGCACCUCCCGCAGGAGAAUGUUACUAUGUAUAACGAUUGCGUGCAUUGGUGCCUUCCUGGGCCGAUCGAUUCGUGGAACGAUUUCUUGCUUCAGAUGUUAAAGAUGGAAGGCGGGAGUCGAUCAUCUUCUGGGAAGUUCCACGGGAGCGAGAGGAAACUCGAGAUCAAAUAGACAUAAUAAAAACUUAUUUUUACGAGAUUUGUUUUGAAAAGCUGCGCCACAAUGCUUUUAAGGCCCUGUUUGGAUUCAUUUAUAUUUUAUUAUAGAUAUAUUUUUGAUUUACUAAAAAUGUUGCAGUAUUUGAUAUAUGAGAAAUAUGAUCAAGCAGCUAGAGUGGGAUAAUAUAGUUCA